AAACUGGUUCUUUUCGUUCCGUGCCAUUUCACUUUCAACAUGGUUAACGUACCCAAGGUUCGUAGGACUUAUUGUAAAAAAGCCAAAAGGCAUACCGUCCAUAAAGUUACCCAAUAUAAAGCUGGAAAAGCUUCUGUUCAUCCACAAGGGAAACGUCGGUAUGAUCGAAAACAAAGAGGUUAUGGAGGCCAAACGAAGCCUAUCUUUCACAAAAAGGCAAAAACCACGAAAAAGAUUGUUUUACGGUUAGAAUGUACAGAAACUAAGGCGCGUAAGAUGAUGGCAUUGAAACGAUGCAAACAUUUCGAACUUGGUGGUGAUAAGAAGAGAAAGGGACAAAUGAUCCAGUUUUAAUUACCAACUGUACUGUACCUCGUAUGGUUACGUCUUGUAAUAAUCAUUUGUACUUUCAAAAUAAAUAAAAC